AUGUCGUUAAAACUAAACGAGCAAAAGCGCGCUAGGAUCAAACCACUUCGCCGAAACCGGCCAGCGUCUCGGGCCGAAAGUGUCGCCGAACAAAGCCGCGCCGUGCGCGGAUUCAAUGCUGCGUGGUCCAAACAAGCGGCUUCGGACUUUUCCCACGUAGCAGCGACGGCGCCGAUUCGUGGCACGGGCCAGCUGUUCCCACGUAGCUGUCACCGCGUAGACCCAGUGCCGGCUAUCGGGCCAUCUACGCCGCGGUGGACAAUCCGCCUAACAAAGCCUCGGCGGCUUGUGGCCGAACGUUUCCCACGCGCUAACGGUCCGCCGCGUCCGGGCUGCACCGGCGGCAUUCCCGCGCGGACGACGUCCAAUCCCGGCCCAUUUCGAUUCUCAGGCGAAGUCGCUUGCCAGACCGGAGAUGGAACAGAAACAACGGAGCAGGCUCGCGUCGGGCAGCCUCGUCAUGCGGCCAAAACGGCCGAGAUGCCGAUACAAAAGACUCACCGA